AUGCCUUCAACAAAGUCCAUCGCCGUCGUCGCGACCCUCGCAGCAAGCGUCACCGCAUCCAACUGCAAACCAACCCCAAAACCCACCACCACCACCUCAGCUCCCACUACAACAUCAUCAUGCCCCGCCUACACGCUCAUCUCAGAACCAGCCGAAGACAUAAACUGCAACGUACGCGGCGAUCCCAAAGAGGGCCAAAGCCAGGUUUUGGAAAGUUUGUACCUGGAUGAUUGCGCGCAGAAAUGUAAAGAGUUUGAUCUGUUCAACUGUGAGCUUAUUAGCUUUGUGGAGCCGGCUUCGGCAGAGGAGCAGGGAAGUUUGCUUGACUACCUUUGGGGCGAUACGAGUAAAGAGGAGAGGAGGUUGAUACGAAAACUUGAUUUCUUUAUUCUUUAUCCAUGGCGCUCUUCUGACGUUGGAGUCACAGAUAGACAAGCCUUUGCGAAUGCAUAUGUAGCCGGCCUCAAAGAAGCCCUCAACCUGAGUGGCAACCAAUACAAUGUUCUCCUCUCCAUGGCCUCAGCAGGAAUGCUGGUUGGCCAAAUACCUAGCAGUAUAAUCAUCCAUAAGAUCCGUCCCCGAAUAUGGAUGUCUUCCAUGGUCGUCGUAUGGGCAGGCCUCACCAUGGCCAGUGCAGCUUGCAAGACAUAUGCUCAGCUCUGCGCCGUUCGCUUCCUGAUGGGCCUGGCUGAAGCAAGCACAUAUGCUGGCUCAAUUUAUAUCAUGGGCUCUUGGUACAAGUCCAACGAAAUCGCCAAACGAACUGCCAUGUUCACAGUUGCAGGUCAAGUUGGUAAGAUGUUUGCCGGAGCUAUGAUGGCUGCCAUCCAUGAGUCAAUGGAAGGCCAUGCCGGACUAGAAGGCUGGCAGUGGGUGUUCUUGAUAGACGGCAUCAUCACUUUACCUGUUGCUGUCUUUGGCUUCUUCUUCUUUCCGGAUGUACCUGAGUACACUGAUGCUUCAUAUCUGAGCGAUAAGGAACGACAACUUGCGCUUGAUCGACUGCCGCCUAAGAAAGAAGACGGUCAUGACAUACAGGCGUGGAGUCUUGUGAAGAGAGUGAUGGGGCAUCCUUUACUUUAUGUCUGCUGCAUCUUCUCAGUCCUCGGAUCAGCACUCCAGUCUUAUGUCGUACAGGGACUUAUGCUUCUGUACCUCAAGUUUCGCAAGGACAUUGAUGGCUUCACACAGUCUGAAGUCAACACGCUCCCCAUCCCUACUCACGCCGUCGGUAUUGUCGCCGAACUUUCUGUCUCAUUCUUCAUGGAUCGUAUCGUGCUACUAAUUCCUGGAACGUCAGUUGCAGGGAACCUCACAGCGCUGUACCUCUCCGCCUCAGCGUACGGCAUCAAUCCAUUAUUGUAUGGCUGGUCAAGCAACAUCCUGGCCCGUACAGCAGAUGAUGCCGCUCGCAGUGUUACUCUGGCUUCAAUGGCGGCAAGUGAUGGAUUACUUUGGACAUUCUGGGGCAUCGUCAUGUUCCCUGCUGAUCAUGCUCCAUACUGGCGAAAUGGUUAUAUAGGCAUGCUUUGUGUCAGUGCUGCCAUGGUAGGCUGGCUAUUUGUCGUUCGCUGGCUCGAUCGUUAUACUGCGGAAAAGUAUCCUGCUGGUGAUCAUUCAAGUGCCUCAUCUCUGGUGGCGACAGAGGAAGAGGAAAAGGGACAAUAUCGAAUCAGCUGGGGUUACAGAGCCGACGAAGAAGAAAAGGAGACAGAGCCAGGUCGUAGGUAG